AUUUGUCCACUUUUCACUGCAACGAACUGAGUCACGUGACCAUGUACGUGACAAAUCCGACGGCGCGUGGGCGCGUGGCGCGUGUUGUGGUUUUGCAGCAGACACCAGCAAACCCAACUACGACGUAUUGUGGUUCCUUAUUCCAUUUUGUAGGCCGAUAGGCCUAUGAACGUCUCAUGAGGGACGACAGCGUCGUUCAUGAGGGUUGAAGCGGUAACUUACCAACUGUGUACGGCCCUUGCGAAAGUGCUAUGGAAGAAAGUGGCGAACGUUCUCAUGCCGGUGUUGUGCCGGAGAGGCUUCGUCCCCUGGUCGUGGCCGACGACUUUGCCUCUGGCGAUGAGGACUCGGAGGACGAGUACGACGAGGAUGAAGACGAUUCGGAAGACUACGUCUCGGAUGCCUCUUCGCCGGACCAAUGCGGCCCCUUAGGCACUCCCGAAGAGGUUUCACUUGGGUUGAGCCAUGCUGAGAUGCCAGCUGAAAUGCCACUUGAGAUGUCAGCUGACCUUGAAAAGUGCUUGGCCCUUAAUCGUGCCUACCGGGCAUUGCUGGAGAGCGCUAUCGGCGAGCUGGCAGAAAGGCUCGAGCAGAACAGGCUCCUUCGGAGGGAGCUUCCCAAGCAACUGACAGAGCGUGUGCAACAGCGCCGAAGGCCACGGGUGCGCAAGAACUGGUACAACUCGCUGGUGUUUCACCACCCAUACUUCAGGGAUGUCAACGGCAUGCGGGCACCUAUGAAUGAGGACGAACGCACCAAGCGAGCCAACAAGGAGAUGGACCCGUAUCUGUCACCUUCAUUGCCUUGGACCACUAAGGAGUGUCACAUGCUGGUGGAUGCAGUGCAGGCCAACCUUCUGCAGCAGACCCUCGAGUCCCUGAUGAACCGCAAGGAUGCCCUGGCCCAGAAGCUCACGCAAACCAAGGGUGCCAAGAAGAGUGCUGAGCUCACUGAGCGCAUCAACCAGCUUGAUGAGCAGAUGGCAGAGGCACGCAACCUGAGCCUGGAGGAGCUGCUGGAGCGGUCUUCCCGUCCAAUCGACUGGCUGCGCAUUGCAGCUGUGGACAUGCGCUCACACCGGACGGCGUUUGGCUGCGAGAUUCAGUGGCGCCACCUGCUGGACGUGCGCCUCAACCGGGAUGCCUGGACACCCGCAGAGGACGAGCGCUUGCGAUCCCUGGCUGCUAAGUGGGACGAGCGCGACUGGGACAAGGUGGCAGAGGAGCUCAACACUGGCCGCAGUGCGUACCAGUGUGCAGCGCACUACUCAUCCCGACUCGUGACACGCCACAACAUGGGCCUGUUUUCAAAGGAGGAGAACCACCGACUGCAGCAGCUUAUCCACGUCUGCACUGAGGGUGACGACAUCUCCUGGGCACAGGUGACGCACUUCAUGGGCAGCCGGUCCAUGAGGCAGGUGAUGAACCACUACAAACGGUCCAUGCACCCCAAGAUGCUACAUGGUCCCUGGGCCGUCGAGGAAGAUAUCAUGCUGCUCAUGGCCAUGAAAAUCUACGGAGAGGGCGGCUGGCCAAAGGUGGCAACCCUACUUCCUUGCCGUACAGCUGGCCAGUGCAGGGACCACUACAAGGAUCAUUUUGCUCCCAGGAUUAUGUCGGGAGUGUACACUCCUGAUGAGGACUACUGCCUGUUGCAGUUGGUGCGGAAACAUGGAGUCGCCCAGUGGUCCAAGGUGGCAGAGGGGAUGCCCUGGCGGACCGCCGAUUCGUCCCUGGCGCGUUACCGGCAGCUAAGCGAGACACUGGGCACCAAGCACCCAACCGUGGCCGACCUGCAGCGCACCCAGCCAGACCUUGCAGUCCCUGUGAGUGCAGCAAAGCGUGCCCGCUUUAUGGGCCUGCAAAGACGCCAGGAGGUGUUCCGACGCAUCAUCCACCGGCUUUGCACCCCAAGGCUGAGGCAUGCUGCACUGCUGAUAGCCAAGGGUCAGGAGAAGGACCUGGAUCGGGAGACGUGCCUGAUGUUUUACCGGAAGAUGCUGCGGCAGUACCAGACAGGCUGCACACAAAGUCACCCUCAGAGGCAGGCCCAUGCGCUGAACAAGGCGAUCUCCCAGUACGCGCAGACUGGGCACCGACCGACAGUGCCCAACCUGGCUGCAUACGAGCACCAGGAGUGGCAAGCUGUGGCCAACGUGCUACACAACCUGCAUGGCUUGCCGAGGCCACCUGUAAAUCCCGACAUCGAGGAAGUGGGCACCCUGCCAACAUUCGAAGAGUUUUUCUCCAAGGUGGUGGUCGGGGUGCCAGAUGGAUACCAGCCCAAUGCAGGGAACCUGGUGCUUCCCCUGCUGCCACCCAACGAGACAACGGUGGCUACCUUUGGGCGACUAUUGGAUCGUUUCGCCAAUGGUGACCUUGCCAAUCCUUUUGCCACUCUGAAGGAUGGCAGCUCAUUUGCCGAGUUAUCAGCCGCUUUCGACGCAGAAAGCGUUGAGGACAUCCGCUGCACUGAGUGCUCUUCCAGGAGCGUUCUGGAAGAUGGCCCCUCGUCGUCAGUCAGCCGGAAAGCUUCGCAGCAGUCAUGCAGUCGGUGCGAGGGGCUGCGAGCCACCCGAAGGAACUACGAGGUGCUGCAGGCACGCUUCCUUUCGUACUUCUUCUGGCCUUCGCUGAUCGAUGCUAUGGAUGUUUCCAACACAGUGGAGCUUCCGGUAGAGCCUCCCAAGAUACCCACCAAGGGUCGCCGCGGGCGGCGUAAAAUGAAAAAGCCGUGGGUAAAGGAGAAGUGGAAGGAACGCAAACGGCUGGCUGCCGAGAGAGCUGCCGCCAGGGACUGUGCUGCCUCAGAGGAAGCGCGCGACGAGGGCGGCGCUGGUGCUGCUCCGGUGGAGAACGGCACUGGGGUGGCCGCUGGUGCACCCCACUACGUGGAGGAUGCUUGAGCUCACGAUCAUGCACUUGCUGCUCCAUGCAUUCCAUGUUUAUUUGCAUAGUAGGCAGAAGAGUUGCUGUGACGGUAUACUUCCCUUCCCUCAGGUUUGGGGAUAAUUCGGAGAAUGUUGGGGAUAAAAAGCUUGAUUUAAGCGCAAGGAUUCUAGUCACUUCAGUUAUUCUAGUCAUUUGUUUGGUAGUGGUUGAGAAUUAUAAAUUCUCAAAUAAUGGGAGGGGGCCAUUUUUAUGGGUGGGGGUAUUUGAUCAGUAUUUUAUAGGAUUAUGAAUAUUGUGAAAAAGCUGUUUUGCACUUUCAAGUUAUGAAGUCUGCUUUCUCCUGUGAUAUGAUUCUUUCAAUGAGUGAACAAAGUGAUUAAGUCUACUUUCUCCUGUGAUAUGAGGCAUUCAAUUCAUGAAACAAGUGAUGGUCUACUUUCUCUUGUGAUAUAAGGCUUUCACGUGAGUGAGCCAACAACAUCGUCUGUCUACCAGAAGUGUCACAUUGCUUUCGAAGUUUUGGGAGUGUUAAAUAAAUUUAUUUAUUGUUAGCAGUUA